AUGUCCUCAGUCAUCAAUCCCAUCUCGAGGCGUGCCUCUUCCCUCCUGCCCCGGCUCCGAUCCCGGCCGGCAUGGACCCUCGGCCCCCGGCCCGUCGCCAUCGGAGGUGCCGUGCAGAUCCGGUCCAGCUCCCACUCCCCCAUGGGAUCGCCCCCGACAACACAGCGGAAAAAGGUUACCCUCGGAACUUUGAAGUCACUGCACCGCAAGGGUGAGCCCAUCACCGUCAUGACUGCCCAUGACUUUCCCAGUGCCCAUGUCGCCGACCAUGCCGGUAUGGAUAUGGUUCUUGUUGGUGAUAGUCUUGCCAUGGUUGCUCUCGGUAUGGAAGAUACCAGUGAGGUUGUCCUGGAAGAGAUGCUUUUGCACUGUCGAUCUGUUGCGAGGGCAACCAAGUCAGCCUUUACAGUCGGUGAUCUGCCAAUGGGCACAUAUGAGAUUGGACCCGAGCAAGCUCUUGCUACCGCCAUUCGCUUCAUUAAGCAAGGCCGUGUUCAGGGUGUCAAGCUUGAGGGAGGCAAGGAGAUGGCCUCCACCAUCAAGAAGAUUACCACUGCUGGCAUCCCAGUGCUGGGCCAUGUUGGCUUGACGCCUCAAAGACAGAACGCUCUUGGUGGUUUCCGUGUCCAGGGCAAGACGAGCGCCGGUGCCAUGAGCAUUCUUGAGGACGCGCUCGCCAUUCAAGAAGCUGGCUGCUUCGCCAUGGUAGUCGAGGCUGUUCCUGCAGAGGUAGCCGCCCUCAUCACCGAAAAAUUGUCCGUUCCCACCAUCGGCAUCGGCGCUGGUAACGGUUGCUCUGGUCAGGUUCUGGUGCAAGUCGACAUGACUGGAAACUUCCCCCCUGGAAGAUUCCUGCCCAAGUUUGUCAAGAAAUAUGGCGAUGUCUGGGGUGAGAGCAUGCGUGCCAUCGAGGCAUACAGGGAUGAAGUCAAGACACGACAAUAUCCCGGCCCUGAGCACACAUAUCCCAUCUCAGCAGAGGAACUUGAUAGCUUUACCAAGGCGGUCAAGGAUCUCGACGGCGCAAAUGCACUAUUCACGUACAAAAAGACACUGUCGGUAUCUUUGCACCUCAGCUUUUUUCUGAGAUACCUCACAACCUCCUCAAACCGUCUUGUUGCGCUGAUCUUGCACACGUCUUGCGCCAACGACGGCGCCGACCCAACAGGCUUAAAUCGUACCACCACCUUGUCCGUCUUGAAGCUGCCUGCGCUAGCCAGUGCCGCACUUGCAUCUCGCGGUAGAUCUGCUAGAACAACUGACGCGGACAUGGUCAGAGGAAGAUCUGGUGAUGCGGCGCCGCUGGCGGUGUCGUUAUCGGCGAGCGGCAUGGGAGAAGCCGUUUGCGGAGAAGGUGAGGGGGAUGAGGUGUCUCGCGAUGGAUGGUCCGACAUUGUUGAAGUUGAUCUGAAGCGACUGAUAGAACGGGAUUAUGUUGAAAAGAGAUGGUUGCUGGAUGUAGGUGAGUGA